AUGGCGCUCCCACCGACGCCAACGCUCAUCCUCACUUUACUGAGGAUCAUAAGGAUUGCUGUGGUCCAUAAUGGUAUCAUUGAGAACUACGCCAGUCUUCGUGAGGAGCUUAUCAAAAAAGGGUAUCAUUUCACCUCAGAGACCGACACUGAGCUUCUUGCUCACCUGGUUGCUGAUGUCCGUAAGCAGAUGGGCCCUGACCCUUCAUGGUCUGUUAUUGUCUCGUGUGCAUUAAGCAUUGUGACGGGUGCCUACGGCGUUGUCUUUAUAUUCGAAGACGAGCCUGGCCUCAUGGUCGGUGCUCGCAAGGGUUCCCCCCUUAUUUUAGGCGUUGGUGAAGGCGAAUUUAUGCUUGCUUCCGAUGGAUCAGCUGUAGUUGAGUACACAAAAGAUGUGGUUUUCAUCAGAGAUGGAGAGCUUGUCGAAGUGCGCAAGUCCGGUUAUCGCUUGAGGACAAUUGAAGGCAUCAGCGCCAGAGGGAUGUCUAUUGACGAGGACGUUACCAACCCCUUGGUUCAGCUGGAGGUGUCUCUCGAGCAAAUUGAGAAAGGUGGUUAUCCUCAUUUCAUGAUUAAGGAGAUCAUGGAUCAGCCUAACUGCAUCCGCAACACAUGCCGCGGGAGGCUCUAUCAACCAAUGCAAGAGCAAGAAGGCGAUAGCCCUCCAAAAUGGGAUAUUAAGUUGGGUGGUCUCAGCACUAAAGUUCAAGGGACAGAUAGAACUGCCUUAGAGACCAUCGCUAGUGCCGAUCGUAUCAUCAUCUGUGCCUGUGGUACUUCGUGGCACUCCGGCCUUAUUGGAGAGUACCUUAUCGAACAGCUAGCUCGUAUUAAUGUUGAAGUUGAGUAUGCUUCUGAGUUCCGCUAUCGCAACCCUCUUCUCACUUCAAAGGAUGUCGUUGUUGCUAUUUCCCAGUCUGGUGAAACUGCCGAUACGCUCGAGGCUAUCCGUAUUGCUAAGUCAAAUGGUGCACUAUCUAUCGGUAUUGUCAACUGUGUUGGCUCAACUAUAGCCCGUGAUACUGAUGCAGGCAUUUACCUCCAUGCUGGCCCCGAGAUCGGUGUCGCCUCCACCAAGGCUUUCACCUCCCAGGUUAUGGUACUGACUCUUUUAGCCUUGACCUUGGCACGUCAACGUUACACAAUCGAGGAGGAGUACUUCUACACGCUUUGUGAAGAACUUCAUAACUUCCCCCAGUAUAUCUCGACGGUUCUGAACACCGCGAGCCAGGUCAAGACUAUAUCUAAAUUCUUCCGCAUGGCUCAUAACUUCCUUUUCCUCGGCCGGGGAAUCCAUUUCCCUGUUGCCUUGGAAGGAGCCCUAAAGCUGAAGGAGAUAUCUUACAUUCAUGCCGAGGGUUAUCCUGCUGCUGAGAUGAAACAUGGUCCCAUCGCUUUGAUUGACCGUAUGAUGCCUGUUGUCUGCAUUGCUCCCAAAAGUGAUCCGACGUAUGAUAAGGUCAAGGCCAUAUCGAAGAGAGGAGGNNNNCAGCCACGUAACUUGGCUAAAUCUGUUACAGUUGAGUAG